CGGCUCCAGGCCAAAACCCUACUCCGAUCCGAUCGCCGCCAUGGACGCCGCCGGCGAAGGCGGAGGACCUGUGACGUACGACCAGAUCGAGCACUACUUCAAUUCCUUGGAGGGCCCGACCGCGCAGGAGCGCAUUGACUGCAUCUUCUCGUCCAUCAUCUCCCUCCUCCCCCCGCCCUUCGUCCCCGCCCCCGAGGCCGCCGGCGACGACGACUCCGACGACGAGCGCUUCUCUCUCACCUCCUCCGACUCCGAGGCCUCCGACGCCGUCGCGGACCCGCCCGCGCUCCACCCGGCGGCGCUCGGCGACGGCGAGGACCACAUCAGCCGCCUCCCGGACGCGCUCCUCUCCAACAUCAUCUCCCGCCUCGCCACCCGGGAGGCCGCGCACACCGUCGUCCUCUCCACGCGCUGGCGCGGCGUGUGGGCCUCGACCCCGCUCCUAGUCGAUGACGCCCACCUCGUCGGCGCGGACGGGCCACACGACAUCCCCGUCGUGCGCGCCGUGUCGCGCUGCGUGGCGGCGCACCCCGGCCCCGUCCGCGGCGUGCGCGUCACCCGCAUCCCCUUCUACUCCCACGAGUACGCGCUCAAUCGCCUGGUCGCGGACCUCGCCGACAAGGACAUCAAGGACCUCAUCCUCUUCAACCGCCCGUGGCCGCUCAACAUGCCGCUCCCCGAAGACAUCCUCCGCUGCGCCUCCCUUGAGCGCCUCUACCUUGGCGUGUGGCAAUUCCCGGAGAUCACCAGCGCACACCCGCCCGUGUUUGACAAGCUCCGCGACCUCGGCCUCUUCCAUUGCAUUGUCCGCGAUGAAGAAGUUAACGCCCUUCUCGCACACUGCCCGAGGCUGGAGAUCCUCUCCAUCGUCAUGUCGUACGGCUCGCCGUCACGCCUCCGCAUCGUGUCCCACAGCCUCCAAGUCGCGGUGGAUUGGAAUUCAACCUUGGACGAGGUCGUCGUCCAAGAUGCUCCCUGCCUUGAGCGGCUGAUUUUACAGACCACUGACACAAGGAGGCCCUUGAAGAUUGUUGGCACGCCCAGGCUGGAGGUGCUCGGGUUCCUCGACCUCAACUUACAUGAGCUUGAGAUUGGCGGCAUUGCAAUCAAGGCCGGGAUGAACGUGAGGGCCAGGGCCACGGUUCCAAGCCUGAAGAUACUGGCUGUCACAGUUCAGUUUGCACGCAACCAGGAAGCCAAGAUGCUGCCGACCCUACUCAAAUGCUUUCCUUGCUUAGAGGCGCUGCAUAUCAUGGUCAUUCCAUCUGCGUCCCUUAACAGCGCCCACGACCUUGAGUUCUGGGAAUCCCUAGAUUCUUGCACGUGCCUUGAGUCGCAUCUGAAGACGCUCAUGGUUCAUGGGUGCCUGGUGCAUAACAACGAGAUUGGGUUCCUGAAGUACAUCAUCAGAGAGGGAAAGUCACUUAAGGCUGUGGGUGUUGAUCCAUCACCUAAGAACAAGGUUGCAAUUGAUUUGGUCUUAGCUUCCUUUGGUGAGAGCUAUGCAGCAUCAGGUGGUGUAAGCAGUGGUGACAUUUUCCAUGCCAAAGUUGAUGGGCACUUUACCUUCCAAAAUGCCAUUGAUAUGACAUUGGACAACCCUUUCUGUGUGGACGACGUGCUAGUUUCGUGUUUCUGAUUCUGCUGCUAGUGCUUUAUUGUCACAAAUUAAGAGAUCUGCAGUGCUAACUGCUUAGUAUUUUGUAAUUUUAUUCAACUUAUUCAGGAGGUCGUGGUGAAUUUAGCAGAGAGAAACUCAGACAUGGAUGUCUGAAAGCCAGCUUAAUGCAUAUUAUUCUGAAUGGUGGUUUUAUUGGGAGACAAAUUAAUAUUUUGAGUUAGGCAAGUGG